AUCUACGAGCGGCGACAGGCGAUCGUUCCAGAUUUCGAGGCUCUACACCAACAGCGACGAUUGUUCGUAGAGGCCCGUCUUGCGGCUGCUGCAGCCAACCAAGGUGCAGGUCAGACUGACGAGAAUGGCGAUCCCAUCGGUGCAGGAGCUGUCGGUGGAGGAAGCAUGGACCACAGUGGUCUUGGACGUUCGGGGCUACGAAAUCUUCGUCAUUCACCAAUAGAUUCAGGCGGGUCCUAUUCCAAUAUAUUUGAUAGCUCUGCAAACGAAAGCACAUUGCGUCAGCUCUAUCUUUCCCGAACGGUAGACGAUGGAGACGUUGGCCGCUUGGGGCCCGGCACAAGCUCAAUGGGGUCGAGUGGGUUUGUUCCUGGAGACACUCAGCAUUACGCGCGUGCUGCUGCUUCACGGGGUUACGUAGUUCCGGGAGGUCCGGGGGGGCUUCUUCGCCAUCGUCAGCUUCCCACCUCGGUCGCUCAACCUUCGCCGGGCAAUGUUGGAGUUUCCAGUCGAUCUUACGUUACGACUGAUCGGUACAUUCACGAUCGAGAUACCAAACCUCCUCUAAUCUGUUCCGUCGCCGCUGCCGUGUUUCACUCUGCCUAA